AAUAUAAAGUUAUAAAUAUUUUGGAGCCCUAAAGACAAAACAACAGCAUUAUAGUUUAUGUUUUACUACGGUGGCCGGCGUGGCUUUUUAAACGCGAAGCUAAAUCACUUCAGUUGGAGGUGCUUCGCUUUUCUCAUGAGCUUCGCCGGCCACCGUAGCAGCUCGGACGGAAAUGGAGGAGAAGUGUGUCGAUGCUGCAGCUGUAGAGCAGGCUCGGAGCUUCUGGUUGAAGGAAGACGUUGAUCAGGUGUUCAGCUCCGUGCUCAGCCACCUGGAUCACCUGAGGAAAGCCCUGAAGAACAACACAGCCACCGAUAAAGAGUUGGUGGCGAGCUGGAAGCUGCUGAAAUGUCUCAACUGGAGCAGCGGAGCGCCGGCCGCCAUGCAGGACGCGUCUGUGGUGCAGGUGGUGAUCGGCUCAGUGGCGUUUUCCCGCCGUAGCCCCCCUCCCUCCUCCCCCCGGCCCUCCACCAAUGGGCUGUCUGGACCUGCAGCGCCACCUGCAGGCAGAGAGGAGUUGCUGCCUCCACUGUCCACUGUACAGCUACAGUACCAUCAUCACUGCUGCUGCAGGACCUGCCUGCCCAGUUUACCCAGCAUGCCUCAGUCCACGCCUCCGUUCUGGGGUCAGAACCCGCUCAGGGUGCCGCUGCUCUGCGGCUUUAAGAGGCUGACCGCCGCACCGAUCAUGUCACCGCGGCGGGAGGAGGAGGAGGAAGAGGAAGAGGAGGAGGAGGAAGAAGAAGAAGAGGAGGAGGAGGAGGAGGAGGAAGAAGAAGAAGAAGAAGAGGAAGAAGAAGAAGAAAAAGAAGAAGAAGAAGAGGAAGAGGAGGAGGAGGAAGAGGAGGAAGAAGAAGAGGAGAAGGAAGACGUCAUCUACAAAGCGCCGUGUGGACAGAGCCUCCGUAACCAUGACGAUGUGAUGCGCUUCCUGUUGGCCACAGAGAGCUACAGCGUCCUGCAGGUGGACUUCUUCAGCUUUAACCCGUCCGUCCGGUUCGACGUCCCCGUGGCGACGGGCCCUCGGCAACCGGAGCUGGACCUGAGUCGAGGUUUGGAGCCGACGCCGGUGGAGCUGUGUGCCGGCGACGGCGGCGGUCGGCCUCCUGACUUCCGCUACAGGAAGGACCGCUGGCCGCACGGCUGCUUCCUGAGCCGCAGCCCCACGCUGUUCAACACCUGCUGCGACUGCACGGACGGCUGCAGCGACGCCGAGCGCUGCGCCUGCAUGGCCCGGACCAGAGAGGGGCGCCACUACACCCACCACAGACUGAUGGAGCCCGUCGCCUCGGGGGUGUAUGAGUGCGGUCCGUGGUGCGGCUGUGAUCGAGCUCGCUGUCAGAACCGGCUGGUCCAGAGAGGCAUCAGAGUCCGUCUGCAGGUCUUCAAGACCGAGGGCCGCGGCUGGGGCGUGCGUUGCCGUGACGACCUGGAUCACGGGACGUUCGUGUGUAUUUACGCAGGUGUGAUCCUGCAGCGUGUUCAGACUCCUGAUGACUUGGCUCCUCCUAAGCUGAUGAGAUCAGAUCUUCCAUCAGACGAUGAUGUUGAGGUCGUGACUGAGUGGCUCGCUCCACCCGUGUUAGAGGGGCGGAGCGACCUGCUGGGAACCCCCCCGCCUCCCAAAUCCCCCCCCACCUCCCAGCCGCUGCACGUCCCGGUGAUCCAGAGACCUGCUGAUGCUUCAUCCUCACAGGACAGAGAGAAGGCUCAGACGGUGCUGCUCGCUGCUCAGGAGGCGGCGUCUCCAUCAGGUGACCAGCCUCACGCUCAGGAGGAGGUUUCCAUGACAACGGGCAGCGCUGGCGCGGCGGCGGCCCGCAUCGUGAACGGAGCCAAGCUGGAGAGUGUGAGGAGCAUAAAGAGGAAGAUAAAGGUGGAGGAUGUUUACCUGCUGGACGCCAGCAGGGAGGGAAACGUCAGCCGCUUCUUCAACCACAGCUGUGAUCCAAACCUGUUCGUUCAGAAUGUUUUCACCGACUCCCACGACCCCGGAUUCCCUCUGAUCACCUUCUUCACCAACAGGGUGGUGAAGGCUGGCACUGAGCUCACCUGGGAUUACUCCUCACACACUCAAAGUGUGUCUCAGCACAGACAGGAAGUGACGUGUGUGUGCGGCGGUGACGAGUGUCGGGGACGGUUCAGCGUGGAUCAGAAGGUCUGUGAUGUGUGUGAGGUCGAAGGUCAAGCUGUGAUCAAAGCCACGUGAUUCACACUCAGGCUGAAAACAAUGUAUAGUUUUUUACUUUGUAAUAAAAUGGUUUUAAAACUCA